AUGUUUUUGGCUGCUCAGGGAUCUGCCGACUCCAACUACAGCCAGCCAUCGUCCGACCUCUCACUCGACGAAACUCGCGAAAAACAACGUGCUGACAGGGAGAACAAGGCAUUGGCACAGCUGCGGGCGGCAAGGGAAAAAGUAGUAGCAUUUACGGUGAGAACUAAUAUGGCAUAUGAUGGAAGUUUGGAUGACGAUUCACCUGUCCAUGGCUAUGCUAUCUCGUUUGGAGUCAGAGACUACCUUCAGAUCCUGGAGAAAUUCAACAAUGACUGGUGGGUGGGCCGUCUCAUGAAAGAGGGCUGUGACAUGGGCUUCAUUCCUAGUCCAGCCAAACUGGAAAACCUGAUUUUACAGCAAACGCAAACACGUAGCAGUAAAUUACAUUCAAGGGGUUCAACACCACCUACUCCUGACCAGAACGGUUUGGAGAGCAACGUUGAGGAGAGUGACAGUCCUGGCAACACAAAGCUCGGUCGGGGCGUGAUAACCACACUCCCUGCCAAGGAAAAACGGAAACCAUUCUUUAAGAAGACUGAGAGCUUAAGCCCCUAUGACGUAGUGCCUUCAGUGAGACCAGUGGUCCUGGUGGGGCCCUCUCUCAAGGGUUACGAGGUGACAGACAUGAUGCAAAAGGCUUUGUUCGAUUUUCUCAAGCACCGCUUUGAAGGCAGAAUCAUAAUAACUCGAGUGACUGCUGACAUAUCAUUGGCAAAGCGCUCUGCCGUCAACAAUGCCGGCAAACGUGCGCUUAUGGAACGCUCAAACAGCCGAACAAGCUGCCUAGCGGAAGUGCAACAAGAAAUUGAACGAAUAUUCGAGCUGGCACGGACGCUGCAACUGGUUGUCCUUGAUUGUGAUACCAUUAACCACCCCUCACAGUUGGCCAAAACGUCACUAGCACCUAUCAUCGUUUAUGUAAAAAUAUCUUCACCAAAAGUCCUUCAACGCCUUAUCAAAUCUAGAGGCAAAUCACAGAGCCGGAAUCUCAACGUACAGAUGGUGGCUGCAGAAAAAUUGGCACAGUGUCCACCUGAGAUGUUUGAUGUGAUUCUGGAUGAGAACCAGCUGGAGGAGGCGUGUGAACACCUGGCCGAGUUUCUGGAGACUUACUGGCGGGCUGCACAUGAUAACCUGCCCGAGAAUUAUGCCCAGCUCAUCCUUAACACCCCCUGUGCGGGCAUGCUGCCAGAUCUCAACCAGGAGUCCCUCGCUAGCCACCGCACUACUCACCCAAAGACCAUCGAGGCUGAAAGGACAUCCAAGGAGCAGGGCCGAGAGACAGACGAAGAGCUAGAAUCCCUGUCUCACCAUCGUGGCCACCGCUACCAACAGCAGCAGCAACAGCAGCAGCAGCAGCAGCAAUCAGUGGCACACCAUGAGCCCAUGCCCCACAGCAGUUCCUCGCAAGGGGUGGCAUCCAGUCGGCACUCCGCAGGUGCAGCAGCUGCACACAGCACAACAGCACAGCUGCACUCACGACCACGGUCACAUCACCACACCUCGUAUUCUGAGAGGCGGCUACCCCGACAGCCGGGCGAGGUUUCUUCUCCGGAAGGAGACCUGUUUUCGGCGAGCUGUCGCGGGGAUGACAUGUACCCAGUGCACGAUGACGACGAUGAUCCCGACUACUAUGGUGACCCCCGUGUGCACCCGCCACCACCUGUCAUGGCCACCUCGUAUCGCGGAGCUGCAAGUAGUAAUUUCGAUGACUGGGACGACGCCCCGGACCCGUAUCUUGAGGAGAAGUUUGGCGACUUAUCGCCACCACCUUCGCACCUUCGACACCACCACCAUCCACACUCCGUGGCAGCACAGCGACGGCACCACCAUCAUGGCCGCCGUCCCUCUGAGUAUGACCGUGACGAGUGUGACGACGACCGCAACUAUAGGGGUGGGGGCAGUGGGAGUGGUGAGACAAGUCUGCACAGAGGACAGAAGUACCCCGUCAAUGUGCUCUAGCAGAGACUUGGCCCUCUUUGUGUUGGCUUUUUAGCAGCAUCACAUUGUCACCGCAGACAGGUGGUGAUGACAACGAUGCUCCAUGACGUGCCAUGGCUUGGCAGCCACCGGCAGGGCUAGCGCAAUGUCGGUGCUUUCUCGCUCGCUGUGUAUCCUCUUCAAAGCACAGUUGCCACUUUGUGCAGCCAACUGUCAUAUUCUAUGACAAGCCAGCCCUCCCAAACAGCACGGGCAGGUCACAGGCUUGGCUGCCACUGCAGCGACGGCUCUUCCUUGGGCAGCAGCGUUAUGCACCUGUGCAGCCCAUGCGAGGCACCCCUCAACAUCCUGCCUUUUUCAACAGCAAGCGGUUGACGUCUUUGUUUGGCGGAAAAAAGAAACCGCGUGGUUGUGCCACAGGACCAGACCACGGUCCUUCUCCCCACCCCCUGCCUCCCCCAGUGUGCGACACUCCUGCAUUUGUUACCAAGAGAUGAAAGGACAGAGCACAUCUCUCCACUGCAACUAUCUCGGCAAGCUUGCCUUAUGCGUCCACAACCACCAUUCUGCUGCUCAAUGCAAAAUGUUUUUUUUUUUUUUUCAAGCAUCUUGCUGCGACUGUCCACUGCAAGGAUUGUCACGUGCACUUUCAGGGCACUUCCUUUCAAGUGCUUUUCAACUCCUUCUGCAAUUUUUCACUGGCCAAGAUGGCGUUCCUUCUCGCCUGAGAGUGGACAUUCUCACCGUGCAGAAUGUAGGCGUUCAGCAUAGCUCUACUGUUUGCACCUUUCUAGUUCCUUAAUUUCUGGCAUUCUUUGCUGUGCAGCAGCAAGAGUUACGGUCAAAGACCAUCACACCUUACCCUGUGCCAGGUAGAGGUUUUUCUGUUGUUUAGGUAUAUGCUGACUACAUUUCUUGAGAGCUUAGAAUUUCCUGUGGAAACGUGAGCUCAGUGACUUGAAAUCUUAAAUACGCCACAAAAUUCCUUAACAUUCAGGGAGAUUCAACUUUGUGUAUGUUGCAAUCUUUGUACAUCAAUUCGCAUCUGUUUUGUCACGAGACAUUCUUUUCUAGGGACAGAUUUUCCUAGAGUUCUUAGGGAAUUUUUUAGAAGUUGUUAAGAUGUCUUAGCAUUGUUUUUAUUUUUCAUUAUCAUAGUGUCUUUUCAGUCUGUUCUGACUGUUUCUGUAUGAGUCAUUGCAUGGUAUCAGCACUUGUUUGGCAACUUUUGUGUGACUUUCAUGCCAUACCUAAUGCGCUCUUUUAAAUUAAUCGUUUGUUCAUGUUCAUGUUUUACAGGCUUUAGAAAGGUUUAAGUAGCAUUCAUGAUGUCUCAAGACAAGCGUUCUUGACAUCAAAAAUGAAACUGAACCUUUUGGUUAAUUUAAGGUUUAGUAAUGUAUUAUUUUGAAAAUGCUAGGUGGUAGAAUGUAGCGCGUGUGCUGAUUUCGGGCGUUUACUUAGGGUGUCAUAAUUUUUUAGGUAUUGCAGCCAUUUUAUUCGGAGCCCUAUUUUUCCCCUUCUGUUUAUCAGCAUAUGGAUUCAGUUUAUGUAAUAUGCUUUCAUAAAAUUGGAAGUUGCUAAAUGCAUUGCAACAUUGAGCCCUAGCUCAAGCUUCUUUUAUCAAUCUUUCAAUUAAAGUCCUGACAAAUAAAAAAGGUGCAAUACUUCAAACAUUUUUCAUGACUGCUAUAUACUUGCAACUUACAAAACUAUCUGCAACAUGUGUAGUUGCCUUUUGGGAUGGGAGCACAUUUUGGCAACCAUCUUCUAAUGUGCACGAAACAGUGCUGAUUUGAAUUUCCAUAUCGAUCUAAAUUGACUAAAUGCUUGCUUUAGCAGCUAUGCAGAAAUGAUGUUUAUCAAGUUAGCCUGAUAACUAGAAUCUUUCAUGUUGCUUUUAGGUCAUUCAUGCCCUUUCAUGUAAUGUACAUCUGUAGUGAAUGGGGGUUUUUAUGAGUCAUCAAAAAUGUAGCAGAGUCAUGUUGACUGCAGAAAAGGAACUGACGCUAGAAGUACAUUUCACCUUUUCUAAGCUUCUAUUUCCUUGAAUCCCAAAGCACUUUAAAGGCCUCAUGACUGACUUUGCAUUAAGCUGAAAUUUUUGUGAAACAGCUUGCUGUUUCUCAGUUGCUGUUGGCCUGUAGGCUUCUAAAUAAUGCUUUUUUUUAAGUAGCUGCAGACAUAUAGUUUAUAAAUUAGAAGAUUCUGUUUGACAUUACUCUUUAAGGUACCUUAGGGCAAGAUUCCAGACAAACACAGCACUAGCAAUGCCCAUGACUGCUCCCUUUGCAGCAAAAUCUAUUUGGCUGCCUGUGAUUUUUUUACGGGCCUGCGUUUAUUUUAUGGAAGAAGUUCGGGUGUGGCAUGCUCAGAGAGCUCGUAUGGGUUCUAUACAUGAUGUUUUGUACACAUAGUAUAUAUUGUAGCAGCUGUUUUCAUGACUAUAUUCAGUGUAUCAUUGUGUUUUAUUUGAUGAAAAUUUUUGGGUAGUGCGUAUGCAUAUUUUUCAUAAGCUUGUUUGUACAGUGAGUUUCUGUUUGAAAGGCAAAAUUCGUUUCGAAUUCCCUGAAGUUUAAAUGGCAUGAUGUAUAUAACAUUUGUUUUCUUUUUUUCUUUUUUUUUUUUGCAUGUUUUUAAAUUUGAAUAUAGCUGAGUGAACUCAAAUGAUCCUUGUGAUAUGAAGAUUGACUUGACGCUUGCAGUAGUUUAAGUGUUUCACUUUUUGUAAUGGUGGACUUCUGUUAAAUAUUUAUCUAGCUUCCUCUGUUAUGCUGUACUCCAGAAUUAUGACUAUAAUUCACUUGCGUUUAAGCUGCAUGAUGUCAUUCAGUAGAAUUAUGGUGCUGUAUUUAAGGUUGAAUUAGUACUUCGAUUUUGUGGUUUGUGGCACCGUAUUAUCAGAUACCGUGGGAGAACAUACUUGAGACUCUUUUCUUCUGAAGUACUCAUUCUGGUUCCGAUUGCAGUUCUGAUUGCAUGUAGGUUACAAACUUUACUGCUACCAACGAUAGUGUUUGCACACUGGUAUACUUACGGAUGUGCCACACCCAUGCCAGAGAUGCACAUAGGCAAAAGUGCGUUAAGGAGGUUGCUGCAUCAUACUAUAUAUAUAAAUAUGUAUAUUACAAACUGUAGCUGGAGGGACAUGAACAGGAUUGCCAUGGGGCAACUCUUUUGUCUGAUGAAGCUGCCUUACAACUGCGACUCUGUGACAGCGACUGCUCAUGUUAGGUGAGUGCAAGGAGAGGCAAAGCAAGAACAGUGUGAUGUCCUUUUGAUAAAGCUCUGCGAUCCUUGCCUCUACAUUCGAAUGUCAAAAACCUGUUAUAGCCAGUUGCAGAACGUUCGCAGUUACUGCGCCUGUACUUGACAAGGUUUUAGCUCCGCCCACGAAGCCUUCAUUUCCAGCUUCGAAGCAUGCGCAAACCACUUAGGAUAUUGCAGAGAAUCAUGUCAGCAUCAUGUCAAGAAGCCAGCCAGAGGCAUUUACUUGCCCAGGGGAGGUUCCUGUGAAGUACAUGUGCUGCCGUUUAACAUAGUGUUCCACAAAAGACUUUGUUAUCCCCAAUGGUGUCUUGAUUUUAUUUAUGAAACUUCAUGCACUUGAGACCAAGGUACAGCUCUUGGAUAUUAACUGUAUUUUACAAUACCGAGAGGCAGCUGUUGUACAUUUGCGGUACUGCAGCUGUGUGUGAGGAAUCCCAUUGCAAAUGUAUUCUUCAUCUGGGUGUAAAUUUACCUCGUAGAGAAAAAAAAAAAAUUCGAUUCGUAGAUGUGUAUUUUAAGAAGAUCACACCAGGUGAAGGAGGCGAGUUGUAGUUAACUGAUUGUCUUACUGCUGGCUUAUUUUAAUUUCUAAACACAACUAAGGCUACUGGUUUAACCUUGCUGCUCCAAAGGGCACUUUAAUCGCAUAGCAAGCUUGCUUUCAUGAUUUACGAAUGAAGCUUCUAGCUUAAGCAUGUAUGCGUCAUUGCGUGACUUGUUUGUAGAAAUAAAAGCUCUUCUCUGUGAGCAGAACAUUCUGCUGCUUUCAUGGCAAACAUUUUUUUUUUUCUGGUUAGGUACUGCUCUUUUUGUUUUUGAUGUCAGUGCAUUAACUUUUUCUUGGCCUGUAGGCAUUGUUUCAGCUAGGGCAAUGUUCAUAACAUACCACUUUCGCUCGAAUGUCUUCACACCUGCCACAUAACACACACCUGCCACAUAACAAUCCCUUCACAAUAGCGCAAAAAUCCAUGCAGCUCAUUCUGCAUUCCCUAUGACCAUCUUACUUCAGAAUAUGUUCUUUAAUUUCAUUUUACACAAUCAUGAUUUUAUUAGUAUCUCGACUAGUUAAUUUUUGUCUAUGCAGUGUUUUUGUCUAGUGCUUUAACUGAAGCAGCAAGGACUGUACGGAAUGUACUUGUGUAGAGAAGCGUGCACAACAUUUUUUCAUUAUUCAGGAGUGAGAUAAGAUGAAAUAUUGUGCACAGGGAUAUUAUUGAUAGCUAAACAGCUUUAAUUACUUUUAUUGUGAGUACAGCAACAGUUGAAGUUGCUUUACUCACAAUACAUGGUUCUAGCAUAGAAUACCUUACACAAGACUUCGCAAGGUUUUUCAUGCGAACAGCUAAGUUUCCCCUGAGUAGUUGACAGCUGGCCUUAAGGGGCCACGCAUAUUGUGACUUGCUUGCUCAGAGUUUUUCAGUAUGUCACGAAUUCACAACACUCGGCAGUUCAGGGUUAAUUCUGGAAGAACUUAGUUAAAUCAAGUUCAUUGCCAUGAAAGCUUCGUUAAUUCGAGCUUAUGACAAGAAUGAACCUUGUGGGUGCCUACCCGAGAAUGAAAAUUUUUCUUUGUUAGGUCGGGAAAUUCGUAAAACUGGGUUUCGUUAGCAAUUUUAAACUGUUGCAUUGGUGUAAAUGUUUUUUUUUUUCAUUUACAUGAUAUAGUCCUUGCUGCUCAUGUCACUAAACCAUGUACACUAGCAGUAACAAGCUGCCUGUGCAGUUGUCAACUUCUUGUCAGGUGACAGGCAGCAAUAGUUUGUCUUCACUUUCAUUGCAUAAAUGGCUUGUCAAUAUUGUACACACUGUGUAUAAAUAAUUUCAGCUGUUUAUCUUGUGUUGUUGCUUUUGUUAUGCCAACACAUUUUUUAGCAACUUUCAGACUGGCUGAAUAUGCUAGACCUUGUUAUAGAAGCUCUGUGGGCAGUAAUAUUCUACUUAAAUACAGGCAUUAGUCCUGUCAGUCAUCUGGAGCUGUCUAUGAAAUAAACUGCUCCGAAAUCUGCGAAAGCAUUCACGUGAAAGCAAGCUAUUUCAGAUUCACCGUCGCACAAAAAAAAAAAACACCCUCACACUUAUGCUUGUUGCAUAAGCUGUGCACUACUUGAAGUUAGUAUUCUCCUAUGUAGCAUAGCAAACUUUGAGCGAAACUGCAUGAUAUAUUGAUGUCUUUUGAUGGGCUACUGAAGGUUUUCACUUUUGAAUUUUUGACAGCAUUGACUAAAGUAAUCCUAUGCUAGUUGUUUAUUAGGGGUGUGCUGGAACACGGUUCUGCUUUGCAAAAUCGCCAUUGCAGAGCUUGAUUUAGUUUCUUUGCUAAAGAACACAAAAACAUCAUGCCUUCAUAAACUGUGAAUUUUUGUUGUGUAAACAGAUACAGAAACAUGAGAGUGUAAAAUAAAACAAGAAAAGUGCUUGAGGAUGAAGAAAGAGAGAGCUGUCAAAGGUGAAACAGUCACUCAUCGCGCCAGGAGCAUAACUAGAAUUUGCUCAGGACAUCACAGCCUGCAGAGAUGUGACACAAGUGUAACAUCGACCUAACCUUUGUAUCAAUGCAUAGGCAAUUGUAACGGCCUUUAGCACUGAUAGUCCUUUCAUUGUCUCUAACUAGUUUUUACACGUGGCAUUGCUUUCGCAUUUUCCUAGCACACACCAUGUGUAGACAGAGAUGUUGCAUCAUCAAUUCCCUCUUGUGUUUUGUUUUCAAGUUUCACUGGCGAUGAUGACGCUGCUCUGAGAAGCAAGUGCAGGCCUCUUGCUUUUUCAUGUAGUUUCCCCUCUUGCCCAGGCACGCUAGCAAAAAUGAGCACUGACCGUAAUUGGUCUCUGGUAUGCACUCAUGCUGAGCUAGCUGCUAGAACUGUACCUGCUGACCUCAGUGACUUUUCUUCUUCUCCUGGGGACUUUCUCUGUAUACACGCGGUGGCCCUUUGUGGCACUGGGACCCUGACUGUUCAUCGAACAACCAGCCUCAAAUGUUCUUGUCCCCUGCGCUUUUCUCGUGUCCAGUCAUGACUCACCCACAGUGUGCAUAUGUGUGUGCCAGGCUCUUUGACGGCUUUUGUUUGUGUUCUUUUGUUGGACGUGGUAGUUCUCGCCUGUUCGCUCAUGCUCGUUAAACUUACUUCGCGACAGUGUGUGCAAAUGCAUGGAAAUGGUGCGAGUGCCUCUGUGUUGUGUGCAUUGCUUACACUUUGGUGAUGUUCACAGAAAGAGUGCUGUGUGGCUCAUGGUAAUGAGUGGCAUGGUUGGCAUGUUGAUUGAUGCUUUGCUUCCCAUUCCACUUAUUUGGUGAGCAGAGUUGCGUUUGCAUGUGUGUAUUUACCGGUGACCACGUUCAUGCGCGAGACAAUAGCAACACCGAUCAAACAUGUUGCAAUGCUGCAUGUGCAGGACUGGCCGCGAGAAAAGCAGAUUAGGUUGUAGAAGAGCCGAUUGGAAAGAAAAAUGCUACAAUUAGAGUGUUCAGUGACGCCACCGUCCUUUUGCUGAUCGGGGCAGUGCUGUUAUGAUAUUGGGUGUAGUCACGUUGAGUGGCUACAGUGAAUAUAUGAGCCCCUGAACGAUAGUUCCCCACUGUGACUGAGAAUAAAGCGUGUGCAGAAAUGCUACUGACUAGAAUCAUUAUAGUGAGAACCAAUGGAAAAUAAACACCGCUCCGCACUUAUGCUCUCAGAAGUGCUUGUGGCCUCUUUCCCAUCUUGUCAAUUUUGUAAAACAAGAAAAAAAUGAUGGUUGUGAUGCAGGUUACAUUGCAUGUAGCUUAAUUAGUCACACUCCUUUCUGAGUAUGGCAUUUAUGUAUGCUCUGUAGAGUUCCCAUCUUCAAUGAAUAGCAGCAGCAUUUUGCUCACAAUUCUUUUAGCUUUUAUUGUUGUCCUUUCUUAUCCUAGUUGUGGCGCAAAAUCCGUGCUGCCUGUGUGACACAGGUGUGGAUGAUUUGUACAUAUGUGUACGCAAGAGCGUGUUGGUUUCUCCCUAGCUCUGUCUCUCUCUCAUUCUUUCUCUUGCUCUGGCCUUCUUCCUCAGCAGGUUUCUUUUCCCAGCAGUGUUUGAACUACUAAAAGACUCCCUUUCUCACCCUCUUGUAAAAUGUGCGUUUGAAGUUUUCUACUCAUCCUCUCUUUCGAUGCGAGAAAAGGGCUGGUAUAUAUACAUAUACAUAUAUAUAUACAUACAGGCAAGAGCUGAUGCUAAUUGAAAUCUGUGUGAAUGAAGGGUGUAUGCUCCUUGCUUGCACGCCAGUUCUGAGCGUGCUUUGUCGGGGAUUGUGUGUUUCUCUUUUUUUUCUUGAACAAAGUGUUUUCAUAAUGAAGGCUCCUGUAAGGAAACUGCGUAUAUGUAUAUAGUACAUAUACAUGUAUGCACGCAGUGUAAUGUAUAAAUACGAAACAAAACCUUUACGGCAGUUUGUAAAUAAAGACAUUGCCAAACA